AUGAGUAAGAAUAAAUAAACUAAGGUGUAUUAGAAAGGUUAAUGAGGUAACAAGGGGAUGAAUUAAAACCGGAGAGGAGUGAGGGUAUUAAAUUAAUGAGAAUGAAGGAAUAAAAAGUGAGUAUAAGAAAUAAGUAAUUAGUUGAGAAAAAGAGAAUUUAAAAAGUGAAGGGUUGAGU